ACUAAGCCUCAAUCCCCGGCGACCCUCACAGCGCCCAGCCCCGGUUCCCCUCAUGCCCGCGGCCCCACCACAGAGGGAGCGCGCUCGCCGCGCCCGCUGCGCCCGCCCGCCCAUGCAGUUCGUGUAUGUGAACAGCUUCGGCUCGCACCGCAGCAGCACCGUGAUCCACCUGGGCCGGGGCGGCUGGCAGAGCCCCGGGCACAGCUCCCCGGGCCGGGCUGGGGCCCCGAGGGCCGCCCCGGAGCCGCGGGCCGGGCCCAGCCCCGGGCCGGGCGGCAGCGGGGGGAGAGCGGGGAGCGGUGAGGGGAGAGCCGGCAGCCGCACCAGCAGCGGUGACCCUCAAGAGGCUAAGGCUGACAUUUUUGACUUUCCCGUCCCUUCAAGAAACGUUGAUAAAGUCAUUAAACGAAAGAAGAAAAAGUCCAAAGUCUGGCACAAGGUAUGGAAAGUGAUUUCAAAAAUGCUUGAGGAAAAUGAGAGGUUCAGAAGUCGACUGAUGACCUGCAGCCAGGUUGAUGGAGAAGGCUCUGACAGGAUCCAGAGGUCACAGAAUGGGGCAUACCUGGACAGGGAUGAGUCCAUCUUUGGCUGGGUUUAGCAAGAAAAUAAAGGAAGAUUCAGCCCCAAAGGAAAUAUAAACUAAGUGAAAGCUUUAUUUUGAUCUAGUUCUUCCUGGAGUCAGUGCAAAGCUGCAAAGUGACUUCAGGGAACACAGGUUCUCUGUUGUUUGCUUGCUGUUUGUGCUUCUGCUGUUUAAGAGGUUUGUUUUUACAGUGGCUUAAACAGCUCUGUUGCAAGAUAUUUAUCUCAAACCAUUAAGUCUGGUGUUUCACUGAGCUAUUAGUUUUAGAAAGCUUUUUAAUGAGCAUAAUAUUGUGACAGUUUGCUUGCAAAAGAAGAGAUACACAUUUACUGUUGUCUCUGUAUUUAUAUCUUUUAUUUUUGUAGCUUGUCAGAAUAAUAAACACAAAUUCAGUAAGGCAGUACUCCACACAAGACAUAAACCCCACUUUCCUUUUUUCCUGGUUUGAAUAAAUUUGGCUUUAUGAUAUUAAAAUAUUACACAAUAACCCUCUCUGUUUUUUCAUCUAUUUAUACAUGAAUCUCAGCAAGUAUUUAGAAUAUGAAACCAAGUGAAUGUUUUCUCUCUCCUGUUCAUCCUGAGGUUCAUAAUGGUAUCAUCACAAUCAGGAGUUGUUGUUUAUCUACCUGACUUCAAUAACACAAUAUAAUUUUCUUCUGUUCUGCAGCUUAAUACUUGAGCCCUUGAUUGACUGUUAAAGCCAUUUUAGCCAGCAAAUUGUGUAAAUAGAACAUGAAAACUGCAUAGAAAUAGUUAUGUAUAUGGGGUUCAUCUCAGGAGUAAAACAUUCACCUGUCACAAAGAGACGUCUUUGCUUUCAAUAAAAGGAUUGUUUUCUCCUGCCAUAAUGUCUUGGUGUUUGCAGAUAUAAUGACUGCAGUGUCAGGGUGUUGAGCUUUAAUAACAUGCUGGUGAUUGUGUCAUUAGGCAGCAAAGCACUUGGAAAGGUUUCAUCUCUGUUUUCUUCCUGGUAAAACUGCAAGUGUGGAACUGGAAUGUGCCUUUUCAGGGACAGCUGCGGCAUCAAGGUUCUCUUCUGCUUUGUGGUUGGGAACUCUGCAAUGGAUGAACUCCUCCCAGCAGUGACUGCGAGUAGUUAAACCCAGCUUACAACAGACAUGGUCACUUUUUACACCUCCUUGUAUUUAAAUUCCUUCAGCUACGGAAAGGGCUCAGCUUUACUUAGACUUCACCUUGGGCUUCAGGGGAAUCUCAGCUCUGGCACCUGGAACAUCUCCUUCCCCUCCUUCUCCCCCAUCCUGGCUGUCUGCAGAGCUGUUCCUCUCACAUAUUCUCACUCCUCUCUCCUGCCUGCAGCUGUGCAGUUUUACCCCCAUUCUUAAAUCUGUUUUCCAGAGGUGUUACCCCCUUGCAGCCGCUCUGUAGGACAUGGGGGAAGCUUCCAGCAGCUUCUCACAGAUGCCACCCCUGCAGCCACCCUGCCACACAAACCCAGUGCAUUAAUAAUUGUGUGAGACUUA